CGAGCGCGGCCCGGGCCCGCUCCUCUGUCGCUUCUCCCCGCGGGGCCCCGCUCGUCCCCGCGCCCGGGGCGGGGGCCCCGCUGCGGCCAUGGCGCGCUGAGGGCCGGCGGGGGCGGCCGGGCCGGGGCGGGGCCGGGCCGGGCCGGGGCCGGGCCGGGGCAGGCGGCAGGACGGAGGCGGCGGGCGGCGGGCGGGCCCGGCGGGCCGGCCGGCACUCGGGCUCGGGCGGGCGGGCGCGGCGGGCGGCGGCGGCCGGGGGAGCUGGCGGCGGGGCUAUGGAGCCGGCCGAGGUGAAGGACCGCAUCCUGGAGAACAUCUCCCUCUCCGUCAAGAAGCUGCAGAGCUACUUUGCUGCCUGUGAAGAUGAGACACCGGCCAUCAGGAACCACGACAAGGUCCUUCAGCGACUCUGUGAACAUCUGGACCAUGCUCUGCUCUACGGCCUGCAAGAUCUUUCCUCAGGCUACUGGGUGCUGGUUGUUCACUUCACCCGCCGUGAAGCCAUCAAACAGAUCGAGGUCCUUCAGCACGUGGCCACCAACUUGGGACGCAGCCGGGCAUGGCUGUACCUGGCCCUCAAUGAAAACUCCUUGGAGAGCUAUUUGAGGCUGUUCCAGGAGAACCUGAGCCUGCUGCACAAGUAUUAUGUCAAGAAUGCCCUGGUUUGCAGCCAUGAUCAUCUGACUUUGUUCUUAACACUGGUGUCUGGGCUGGAGUUCAUCCGCUUUGACUUGGAUCUGGAUGCUCCUUACCUGGACCUGGCCCCAUACAUGCCAGAUUACUACAAACCUCAGUAUCUGCUGGACUUUGAGGAGCGCCUGCCCAGCUCCGUGCAUGGCUCAGACAGCCUGUCCCUCAACUCCUUCAACUCAGUCACCUCCACCAACUUGGAAUGGGAUGACAGUGCCAUUGCUCCAUCCAGUGAAGAUGGAGACCUGACGGACACACUGAGCUGCCCACCCUCCACUGCCUCAGAGGCCAAUGGCAGCAGGGGCUCUGUGAGGAGCCCAACACAGCGCCACAACCCCUUCAACCAGGAGAAGGCUGAGGCCCUGUCCUCUGCUGACACCACGCCGGUGCACACGGCUUCCCAGGAGAAGGCAGAAGCCACCCCUGAAGGAACAGACCAGUCUGAGAGCUGCACGGAGCUGGAGGUCAUCAGGUUGGCCAAGAAGAAGAAAACAGGCAAGAAGAAGAAAGCAAAGCCCGAGGAGGUGGCGAACGCCCCUCCUGCAGUGCCCCAGGGCCAGCAGCCCAGCGGUGACAGCAGCCUGAACGGGCUGAGCGACAGAGAAGAGCCCCCGAGAGACGCUGGUCCCUCGGCGCAGGCGCGGGCGGGCGGGCAGGAGGGCGGUGGGCGCGCUGCCCUGGGCCGGCUGGCUUUGCGCAUCCCCGAGAUGAAGGACACGUCCAUGGAGAGCCUGGGGCAGCCGCUCAGCAAGGUGAUGGACAGGCUGAACGGGCAGCUGGACACCAGUGCCUGGGCGGCCCCCCGGGAGCCCCCCGGGCAGUCCUUUCGGACUGGCACGCCAGGGGAGACCCCAGAUGGAUCGUCCUCUGGCGACUUCAGCGAGGGGAUUUCAGCCCCCAUGGACUUCUACCGCUUUACCAUCGAGAGUCCAAACGCUGCUGCACCAGGUGGUGGCCACCAUGACCCUCCAGGGCCUGGCCAACCGGCACAUGUUUCUGGUAGCCCUGAGGCUCCUGAAGAAGAAGAAAGCAGAAAGGGAGAAGCAGUUGGGGCAGUAGAGGAGUCUGGAGGGACAAGUGAUGAAGCCCAAAGUGUCCAGAUGGAAACCACCGAGCCCCAGGGUCUCCAGGAGCCGAAGAAGGAGCAACCCAGCCCUUCUCCAAGCAGCACUGAGGACUCUGGUGUGGAGGAAGGGCAGGGCAGCCCUUCAGAGCUGACCCAUCCCUCUGAGUUCAGGGUGGAUAACAACCAUCUCCUCCUGCUGAUGAUCCACGUCUUUCGGGAGAAUGAGGAACAGUUGUUCAGGAUGAUCCGAAUGAGCACGGGGCACAUGGAGGGAAACCUGCAGCUGAUCUAUGUCCUGCUGACUGACUGCUACGUGUACCUGAUCCGGAAAGGGGCAGCAGAGAAGCCCUACAUGGUGGAGGAGGCCGUGUCCUACAAUGAGCUGGACUACAUUUCGGUUGGGCUGGACCAGCAGACAGUGACCCUGGUGUGCACCAACCGGAGGAAGCAGUUCCUGCUCGACACCGCGGACGUGGCUCUCACCGAGUUCUUCCUGGUCUCCUUGAAGUCAGCCAUGAUCAAAGGGUGCCGGGAGCCCCCGUACCCCAGUAUCCUCACAGAUGCCACCAUGGAGAAACUGGCACUUGCCAAGUUUGUGGCCCAGGAGUCCAAGUGUGAGGCCUGCAAUGUGGUUGUGCGUUUCUACGGCCUUGUUCACUGGGAAGACCCCAUGGACGAGGCGCUGGGACCCACCACCAACAGCUGCACCUCCAUGGAGAACACGGUCACCAAGGAUGGCAUCCUGCACUACAAGGCAGGGACCUCCUACCUGGGCAAGGAGCAGUGGAAGACCUGCUUCGUGGUGCUCAGCAACGGGAUCUUGUACCAGUACCCGGACCGCACGGACGUCACCCCUCUGCUCUCCAUCAACAUGGGCGGCGAGCAGUGCGGGGGAUGCCGGCGCUCCAACACCACCGACCGGCCCCACUCCUUCCAGGUGAUCCUGACGGACCGGCCCUCCCUGGAGCUGAGCGCCGAGAACGAGGAGGACAUGGCAGACUGGAUGCAGUACUUCUGCCAGGCUGUCUCCAAAGGGGUGAUCCCCCAGGGUGUUGCCCCCAUGCCUUGUGUCCCCUGCUGCCUCGUGCUGACAGAUGAGAAGGUUUUCACUUGCCACGAGGACUGCCAGACAAGCUUCUUCCGCUCGCUGGGCACCGCGGAGCUGACGGACAUCAGCGCUGUCUCCACCGAGGCCAGCAAGGAAUACUGCAUCCUGGAGUUUGCUCAGGACCGCAAGCAGUUUCUGCCCCCCUGGGUCCUCUAUUUUAGUUGCACUACAGAACUGGAGAGGUUCCUGUCGGCGCUGAACACCGCGUGGAGGAACAUCUACCAGGUCGACCUCCUGCACAAGGCCAUUCUGGACGCUGCCAUCAAGAAGAAGUGUGAGGACGCUCAGAGCCUCAUCGGCAGCGCCUGGCAGCGCAGCGACAGCCUCUGCCGCGGGCGGGCGGAGCGGGACCCCUGGUGUUAGCCCUGCCUGGGGAAAGGACAGCUGAUGGGGGCUCCUUUUUGGAGAACAGAGCCUGUGCCUGGCUGCCCCGCAGCCAACGGGCCCCCAAGCCCUCCUGUCAUGGCUCAGCCCCCACCAGGAGCGUUGCCUGCAGGCAGGAGCCCGUCCCUGCCACCCUCUCCACUGAGUCAGGGACAUCCAGCAGGUUUUGGGGAGCAACGAGAUGCUUCACCAGGCUGGAGGCAAAGCCAAGGCCUGCAGAGGAGACUGCCCUCCUUGUCCAGCUGCCACGGGGCAAAAGGAUUUGCCUUUCACAGAAUAAUAUCCCACUAGUAGUGAGGGAGAGGAUGGGAGCGGGGUGGGCUGGGUGAGCAUCCCCCCGUCGUGGCGGGGAGCAGGACUGAGGAGUUGUUCAUUUUAGAACAGAGUAGAGGAGCAGAGGUGGAGAUGGGAACCCCACACUGUGGCUGUGCAUGUUUUCUCCUUGCUGAUACAAUCACUGAGUCUGGCACUGCUUGUCUUCUCCUUUGGGCAUCUCCCAGCACCAAGAGAUCACACCCACCAUGGGCCUCUGGACAUCACAAAGCCAUUCCCCAGCCUGUCCAAGAGAUUUGAGGGUAAGGAAGAAGAACCAGGGCCAAAAAUUUGGCCUUGAACAUCCCAGGGCUGUUUUAGGAGAUCUCAGAAGAUGACUUUGAUGGCUGGACACUGGUGCCAUAUGCUGGGGGAGAGAAGAGAUGGAGUCUGUUCUUCAGGUGUCCUAAAGGAUGUUGUCACACAGCUGUCCCCAUCUUCUUGAGUUGCUGCAUCCCGGGCCAGCAAGGACCUGCCCUCCACAGCCAGGCCUGUGGGGCACAAGCCCAGCUUUUAAAUAAUAAUAAUAAUAAUAUUAAUAAUUAUAAUAAUCUGGAGACCUUCUCAUGUAAUAUAUGUUCACGGGGCCUUUUUUGGGGAGGAAACGUACAUGACUGAAUGUAUAUGUAUAUACAUCUGCUUCCUUCCCCCCUCCCUGAAUAAAUACCCAUUGGUAACUCA